CACAAAUCAUUUUUUCUCCUCCUGUACUCCAUUUUUGGGAAAGAAAAAUGGAUACAACACAAUUAAGUAUAUUGUUCCUGGUUCUAUUUUGUUCUUCGUUUACUUUUGAUCAAUGUUUUGCCUCUAGGGAUCAUCCCUAUACCCGAAAUCAUCAUUCCCAUUCUCACUACAAUCAUCAUCACCAUGCUCCCUACAAGCAUCAUCACCCCACCCCAAGGCAUCACCAUCCGGCGCCGACGUCUGUUCAUCGUCAGGCCCCGGUGCAUCAUCAUGCUAUGCCCCCGACGGCUAGUCUCCGGAGUUCCGGAGCUAACACCACUGCUACUCUCACUGUUGAUUGGAAUUCCCGAACAAAAAUGCCCCCGAAUCUCUUUGGCAUUUUUUUCGAGGAGAUUAACCAUGCUGGUACGGGUGGAUUAUGGGCGGAGCUUGUUAGCAACCGAGGGUUCGAAGCCAAAGAUUCCAAAGGAAAUAAUGCAACAAUUGAUCCUUGGGGAACUGUUGGGGGCCAAUCGGACGUGAAAAUUUCUACGGAUCAUUCGUCUUUGUUUCCCCGAAAUAAAAUUGCAUUGAAAGUUGAGGUCCUCUGUGAGAGAUGUCCUGAUACUGGAGUUGGCGUUUUCAAUCCAGGAUACUGGGGCAUGAAUAUUGUGAAAGGAAAGCAUUACAAGGUGACACUAUAUGUUCGAGGCGAAGAGCAAGUGGAUAUGCUUGUAGCAUUGGCAGAGAAAGAAGGCUUCCACCAACUUGCUUCUCACCGUGUCCAGAUUGAAAAUGCUAAGGUAUGGCAAAAGGUAGAAUUCACCUUGAAGGCACACGAAACAGAUCACUAUGCGAGGUUGACCAUCACAUCCAAGAAAAAAGGUGUUUUCUGGCUUGAUCAAGUAUCGGUUAUGCCCGCGGACACACAUUUGGGACAUGGAUUCAGGAAUGAUAUAUUCAACAUGAUUCAAGAUUUGAGCCCUGGGUUUAUUAGAUUUCCAGGUGGAAAUUACGUUGAAGGGGAUCAAUUAAAUAACUGUCUUGAUUGGAAACAUACCCUUGGACCAUGGGAAAACAGACCUGGCCAUUACAAUGAUGCUUGGGGUUACUGGACUGAUGAUGGAAUGGGUCAUUUUGAAUAUUUCCAACUUGCAGAGGAUCUUGGUGCAUUGCCCAUCUGGGUUUUCAGUAUAGGUGUUAGUAUCAGUGGUUUGGAAGUUGAACCUAAGUUCCUUUAUCCAUAUAUUCAAGACGCUUUGGACGGUCUCGAAUUUGCUUUGGGUGAUAAACACACUACUUGGGGCUCCGUUAGAGCUGCAAUGGGUCACCCGGAACCAUUUGAUCUAAGAUAUGUUGCUCCCGGUAACGAAGAUUGUGGAAAGCCCCAAUAUGAUGCAAAUUAUCGGCUGUUCUUUUCGGCAAUUCGGGAAGCCUACCCCGAUAUCCAGAUAAUCACAAACUGUGAUGGUUCCUCUCAACAAUUAACCUUGCCUGCUGAUAUCUAUGAUUAUCAUACAUAUCCACAAGAUGCAGACGAAAUGUUCAACGAGCAUACUCACUUCGACAAAUCACCUCGCAAAGGCGCCAAGGCAUUUGUGAGUGAGUAUGCUGUGUGGGGAAAUGCCCCAGGCAAAGGCAAUGUUAAGGCUGCCCUUGCGGAAUCUGCGUUCCUCAUGGGUUUGGAAAAAAAUUGUGAUAUUGUUGAAUUCGCGAGCUAUGCUCCUUUGCUCGUCAAUGACCAUGAUAGGGCGUGGAACCCAGAUGCAAUUGUUUUCGACGCAUCUCAGGUUUAUGGAACUCCAAGUUAUUGGAUGCAAACCUUUUUCAAAGCAUCAAACAACGCUACUUAUCUCAAAUCAACUUUAAGCUCCGCGCCCUCACAACAAUUACUUGCCACUGCUAUUUUAUGGCGUGAUCCCAGCAAGAACAAUGAGCUUUUUUUGAGAAUUAAGGUGGUGAAUUUUGGGAGAUGCACUAUAAAGCUCAAAAUCAUUAUUAAUAAAGUUGGCCCAUCGUCACUUCGCUUACCAAGUUCACAUGUCACAGUGAUGGGCUCGGAUGAUCCACUUGAUGAAAAUUCGUUUGCCAGCCCUAAUAAGGUAAAGCCAUUCGAGUAUCCAUGGAACAAUGGAGGGGACAUGGAAAUUAAAGUCUAUCCUCACACUUUGACUGCAUUGGAUAUUGCACAAGAUCAUACGGGAGAGGGAGCUUAAUUUGAUUUGUCGGAAUUUAAAUUCCCUUCCGCCAAUAAAGAAUGGCUUUUUGUCUUUUGUACUUUGCUCAAGUACAAAAUUAGGGUUGUAGUUCUUGGGUGGCGCCAAAUUUGUAUCCUAUCAUUCUUGGGAAAAAAAUGAAAUAAAAUAGUUGUGCACUGUUAUGAGAUUUUUAGAAAAUCUUUGUAUGACGAUUUCUUUUCAUUGGGUAAGUUUCAAGCACUGCCCUUUGUAAUUUUAUUUUUUAAAUUAAUAAAAUCGAGGAAUAUUUGCCAC